UUUACUUCGUGUUUUGAUAAUUUCCUCAGUCAGGUUUUGAACUCGAGGGUGCAGAAAGUGGCGAGUGUCAACUUAGAAGUGAAACAGUGGCGAAAAAGAAACAAAUUAUAUUGACUUACUAGUUGUGUUCGACUUCCGAUAGUAGGACUAUGGUUAGUGAGGCUUCAUUGGGCGAUGUUCGAUGGUGUGUUGUUUGAUGGAGUGUAAUUAUUGGACCGAAAUCCGUAUUUGACAAGACAACGACGACACGAAUCGUCAUGACCACCCCUAGCGAUCCCAAAUUGGGUCAUGGAGACGUGCUGACGCGUUUGGACAGUCUGCUUCAGCAAGCAGGUCCGAAUUGCGACGAUCCCAAUGUCUCGGGUCCCAUCCUUCCAACGACAAAAAGCUCUGGCGAGUCGUCGAUCUCGAAGUCGUCCAUUUCUCAAGUCAAGGGGAUCUUGAGAAAACCCAAUGGCCAAGCGAAGAAGUCAGCCCCCAAAUCGGGCCGAAGAAUCCGGUUUCCUGAAAAGGGCGAGGAUAUGAACGAGGUCAUUGGGUAUGGAGGCGUGGAGGAACUGUAUUCCGAGGAUGAGGACGACAGUCACACCACCGGUCAUGGGAGCCUUUCCAAGCUAUCCUCAUCUUCUAACAAGAAAGCUGGAUUGAGCGAAGCGGAAGAAUUGACAUUGGAGGAAAAGAACUUUCUCAACCUCACUAAGAAGAACACGAAUUUCAAUUCCAGGGCGGAGAACCUUUGUGAUGAAGGCACGGCCGUUCGUCUAGGGGCUGAGAAGAAAUCCAAUCCUCCUUUAAUUACCGUGAGACCUUUCGUCCAAGAACACACCCCGGGUCGUGUGAACAAAGUGUCACCCAUGAUCAACGGGCAGGUUGUGAAGACCACAAAGUUCUCGUCGCCCGAGCCCAAGACAACCACAGAACCGAGCCCCUCUGUGGUGCCAACCCAAAUUGUGGAGGAAAAAAGAGUAGCUGAAAAAGAUAAGACUAAUGAUGAGGGUUUGCAAGUGGAUUCAAGAAAAUCAGAGAAAGUGGGUUGUAGCCCGAGCCCCAGCCCAAGUAGUGGUAAUGAUACUACUACUAAUACUGCUGCUCGGAAAGACAGCUCUGAGGUAGAAGCUAAGCAGAUUGGAGGAGAAGUUAGAGAAGGAGGAGGAGGAGGAGGAGGAGGAGGAGGUGCUUGUGAUGCUCAACAUCAUCACAAUCCAGAAGAACCUCUUGACAAAAAUCUCCAAGUUAGUCGAGUGGGAAAAGCUAGUUUAGCUGCUGCUCGACUCUCAUUUUUGCAUGCCACCAUCUUGGACAAAGAGGAGGGAGAAAAAGAGCAUAAAAAGAAGUCGAGAACUAAUCAGCAAAUAACCCCUCCUGUCAUCCCCACUGGGCAAGGCAAAGAACAAAUGACACUUGAUUUAAGCGCUCCCCCUGAAGAUGCAAAAAUCCCUGAGCAGCCCUCACUUCCUGAUGCAGAGCCCAUCAUCGUCCAUGAUUUGGCCCCGCCAGCAGCGCCUGCAACCCCCCCAAGUGAGCAUCAUUCCCAACCUUCUUGCCCUUCUUCAUUAUCGGUUAAUGAACAACAAGAAGUUUCUCCCGCUAGUGGUAAAGCAAUCAAACUAACUCGUCGGAGUCCAUCCGUGUCCACCCCGCGAGCUGCGUCCAUCCUGAAAGGUACACCAAGGCCGACCAUCAUCAAGAAGGAGAAACCUAAGAUCCCCGAGAAGCCCAAGACUCUCAUUAAGAAGAUUUCAGCCCCACCUCCGAUCAAAAGUCAAGCUCCUUUACCCCCUGUGGUGACUAGAGAUUCCCCCCCGAUUAGCACCGCUCAGCUCGACGAUCAAGCAAAAAAGGCCAGUCCAAUUGCCGCUCCUCGGACGGCCUCGUUCCGCAAAUCCAAGGAGCCUCCGUCAGAGUACGCCAACAUCAAGGCUCAUAUCGAGAGGAAGCAUAGUAUGUGUGAGGCUAAUAAUAGUAUUACCGAGGUGAUUGUUGAGGAUGACACCAAGAUUGAAGUGCCGCUGAACCUUGCUCGUGUUGUUGACUCUGAGAGAAGCACGGGCAUAACCAACCGAAACGUGAGCCUUUCUGCCGCGGCAGAGUUCUACACUACCGAGGCUGAUGCUCAAAAUGAGGUGAUAUUUGAAGUGAGUGCUUCCAAGACUCGAGGUGAUCAUGAUCAUGAAGAGGAUGAGGGCGAUUAUGGGAGCAGUGUCAGAAGCACUCACCAUUUGGAGCCGGAUCUUAAUGAAGAAGGAAGUUCAAGUAAAUCGAUCCCGCCUACAGCACCCUCAUCAUCAUCAUCAUCUUCUUCUUCUUCUUCUUCAUCAUCCUCAUCGUCGUGUACUGCUCCGGCUUGUUUGGUUCCAGCCAGCUCAGAGAUGCAAGUCAGGAAGGAGCAACAAACCCAAAGGACUAAAGAGGUACUUGAGGAAAUUCGUAAAUCACUCGACUCGAAAAAAGCACCUUCAGAAGUGCAGGCAGAUCUCGAGUCUCAUCGUGAUAGUUCAAUAAGGAAUUUGGAUCGCGACGGCAACAAUGACAGUAAUAGUCCAAUCCCUUCGCAAGGAAAAAAUCAAUCCAUGAAAACGAAUGUCAUCUUCAAGGACGAGUCUGUUGUCGUGGCUGCGGACAACAAUACCGAUCGAGAGCCACAAAGUGACGUGUCACAUGGCCAAUGUGCGGAAAAGAUUAAGAUCCCAGCAUCUCGUUUUGAUGAUUUUGAUGAACAUGCCUCGGAAGCCAAUGGCCCCACGUCCUUUGCCGAGAAGCGAGCAGCGCUGGCCAAGACGUUGGAAUUUAAUCGCGUUGAGAGCCAUAUUCAUCGUCCGAGCACGAAACGUCAGGCUCCUCAGCCACCUCCAAGCGCACCACCAACGUCGUCCACAAUGACCAAAACAACGCCAGUUCUUGACAAUCCGAGUGCCAAGAGCCAUGUGAUUGACUCGGUGGAGACCACUUCGGAAACUCCAAGUCAUUCCCCACAACAAUCCAACGAAAACAUGCCGAAAGACACAUCGAUUCACAGAGAAACCACACCAUCCAACAACUACUCCCAUGAUGAAACGAAACAGCUCUCCUCCUCCUCCUCCUCUUCAUUCUUCUCGAAUUCUGUUGCGGAGGAGCCACAACAACGCAACGAAGAAGACGUCAGAGGCUCCAGCAGCAACUUUAACAGUUCUUCGGUUGUUUCUACUUCAUCAAGUCCGAGCAACAUCGCCAACCCACCAGAGUCGAUGAUGGUCAACAACAACGACAGUAGCUCGAAACCAGUGAAAAGUGCUCUGAGAGCUCCCAAUCAGUCUCUAGAUAGAAAUCGUGUGGUUCAGUUUAGUCCAGACACGAUGGACGCCCCAACAACACCCACACAUCACGAUAUCCAUAGCAAUCGAGCACCUAUUGGACCUAGCCGUGUAUCCGCCAUCCCGUAUGCCCGUUGGAUGGGAGCUGGACUUGGCGGACGAAGCAAUUCGAGUGUGAACCAUACUAGUAGUAGUUUCAUGCCCGGGGGAGCGCCGCACCAUCUCAUGCUCCACAAACCGCCAGCCAUGCUUUCUCCGCAUCAUAGCAGGUUGGCAAAGCAAUCAUCAGUGGUGAUUGAAAGCUCCUUCACCGGACAACCGAUCCAAAUGAUGACCAGGUCCUCUCUCAAACGGUCUCCUCACAAUGUUCCACUCACAUCCCAACAACAACAAAAGCAGCAGCAGCAGCAACAACAGCAACAACAACACUUGCAUCAGCAACAGCACAACCACCAGCAACACCAGCAACAACAACCAUCAACGCCACAACAACCCCAUUAUCCUCCGCCUGUGAUGAUGCUUACUUCUGGUCCAGGACGCGAUGACGAAGUGCGCCGAUGGACCGAGAAGAAGAAACGUUCCAAGUCGGUUCCACGAGGCUCGGAGAUUGAUGAGCUCAUGGGGAGUAGCAAAACCAAGCCUAAAACCCGCCUCUUCAUGGUGGGCUCGUCUUCACCCCCCACCAUCCGACGGCAGUCCCGCGUUGAGCUCUAUGAGGCGGAUCGUCGAAUGCAAAAGAAGAACAAAUUCUCGUUCACCAAACUCCUGAAGCAGUUCAAGAACGUCAACCAGAUUGAAGAGAGUCCUGCUCAACAGUUUAUGGACGAAGAGCAUGGCCGAGAGAUUAUCGAGCGUGAAAUGAGCAAACUCAAACCAACCAUCAUCCAUCCUAUCGACUUUCAGAACGGAUCACCUGUGGAGGUGGUCCCCAUCAGGCCCAAUCCCGGCCAUGUGUUUGAGAAGCAUAAAUCCGCCGGGGUUCGUAAAGGAGCUUCGCCUGUCAAAUCAUCCAUGGGAGCCGUGAAAGCCAAGGUCGAGUACACAGACUCCAAGGAUUCCGGCCAUGAGACAUCGUCCAAUCACACCGACAACUCGGAUCCAGAUUCAUCCUCGGAGUUCCAACACAGUCGCACGCCCAGUUCAGUGGAUGAAUCUGAAGAACCCACUAGUCCGUCAUCCCCUGGCGAGGAGGAUGACUCUGUUGUCGUGAAUGGCCGUCGAAAUUCCUCUUCAUCGUCUUUAAAUGGAAAGAACAAUCUCGUCGGGAAUCCAACCUCACCUGAGGCCCACCUGAGCACUUCCACUUUGGAAAAGGCUCUUCUCAAUGCUGCCCAACUCAAUGGUCGGCCCAAGCCUUUGCCUCCUCCUCGAAUUCAUUCCUUGGAGCCGUCCUCGGCCAGUGGGGGCGUGUCCUCGCCGUCGUCCUCCACAUCGUCUCAGGAUUAUGCCACGCCCCAAAUCACGCGCAAUGACGCGCCUCCGGGAAACGAAAGUUGCAGCAACCAUUAUGCAUCUAGUCCUGUUUUUGUCACAUCCAUGGCACCCGUUCAACAGCCUCCAAUUGGAUAUGUUCAAGCCGGAAAGAUGAGCCUGGGGGGAUCCUUAAAUGUGCCGGCUCUGAACUCCUCCAAUUUGCGAUCAAGUGAGGCUCGUCGAACCCCAUUGGACUCCACCAAAGAGGAGGACGAGAAUGUAGUAGACAAAGAGGCGAUGAUGAUACACGCAUCAUCAUCAUCAUCAUCAUUCUUGUCUACCAGCACUCUUCACCCUUCUCACUUAAUCGCGACCAACUGUGACGAGAAAAGUAUCAGUCAAGGAGCAAUCCUUGGAGAACAUCCCUUGAGCAAUCAUACUGGAUCGAUGUGUGGUAAAGGCAAGCUUGGAAAUAUUUCGGGCCGCCUGAGGAAAUCUAUUUCUUCCUCUUCGUCUGCUUCAUCGUCGUCAUCAUCAUCAUCGUCGUCGUCUACGGUCUCUUCGUCCGCAUCAAGAUGUUUUUCUUCUUACUCGCAAGACAGCAAUUACGAGAGCACUGUCGUUUCCGCUAAUCUUCAAGUUCUGACUCAAAUUCUUCAGGAGGUGGAGAAGUCCUGUCUGUCCAGAGGAGCAUUGUCGGACAUUCAUGUCCCAGGACAGAUUCACGACUUUGAGCUGUCGGAGAACGAGAAUCUUUUGGCGGAGACUCAAGAUUUCAAGUUCAUUCCUGGCCAGAGAAAAUUGGAUGGUCUCCAAGUCACCUUGGCCAUCUCCAAGAUGCCAGGAGACCAAAUUCUGGCACUCAGUUGCAACAAAAAGCCACUCACGCAAUUCCAGACCUCGAUCGACAACCCUGUUCUUGGACAAACCAAUAGCGAUGCAAACGACCGGAUAGUCCUGGUGUUUGAUGGUUUCCCACCCUCGGCUGCUUGCCAGGCCAUUAGAAAUGACGACGAUUUUGUGGAUGGCAUCACUCGCGAUGCCAAAGACGUCUGUCACAUCGUGCUUCAAAUGACAGAUUUCUUGGAUUGGGACCACGAUCUCGUCAAUUCCAUUCUAAUCAAAGGUGGCCCAGACUUGGUGGACACCAAUUUCCAUCGCGUUCUCAUGAUUGAUGUCCGCCAAGAAUCCAACUCGACAUCUCCUUCCAAGACCAGCCCCUCGCCCAAAUGGCUCCUGUCUCAACGUCUUUUGCAAUCGCGUCACCUUUCUCUGGAGUUGCGCAGUGCUUUGAGGGGCUCAUUAGAAUCUCAAGCCCAAGAUCAACAUUCCUCCCCAAGCAGCACACCCACUGGCGGCUGCUGGCAAGUCACUCGCGACCUGUUAAAUUUCGCACUUUGGGGGCCAAUGACCAACGUGCUCUUCGAGUACUUCCCUGACGAACUGGAAGGUUCCACGGGUGUCCUGAACGAGGACGACCUCUUGAAAUGGCUCAAUGUGGAGCGAGCUCAGAUGCUGCAGAGCAUUUUGCAAACCCAAGGAUUGCGUGAUGUGUCCCUUCCCAGCGAUGAGAUCACUCGCCUCCGCUAUUUGGUGGGAACGACUCAAGCUGCGCUGAAACAGGCAUUGGCUUUGCUCAAAAGUCAAAUACGUUAGUCAGAGAGAUACUUCACACUCCAUCAAAAUGAAGGAUACAGCACAUCAUUCCGAUGAUUAGAUUUCUUUUUCUUCCUGUGAUACAUUAAUCCCAUGUCAUUCGUCUUGUUCAGUCUAAAAAUAAACACCCAUUCCGCCAA